CCAUGGCCGGAUCCGGCGCGUGGAAGCGCCUCAAAUCUCUGCUGAGGAAGGACGACGCGCCGCUGUUUCUAAAUGACACCAGCGCCUUUGACUUCUCGGACGAGGCGGGGGACGAGGGGCUUCCCCGGUUUAACAAACUUCGGGUGGUGGUGGCCGACGAUGGUUCCGAAACCCCGGAGAGGCCUGUUAACGGAGCGCACCCGGCGCUCCAGGCCGACGACGAUUCCCUGCUGGACCAGGACCUGCCUUUGACCAACAGCCAGCUGAGCCUGAAGGUGGACCCGUGUGACACCUGCAGCAGACGCAGGGAGCUGCUGAAGCAGAGAAAGGUGAAGACCAGGUUGACCAUUGCCGCCGUUCUGUACUUGCUCUUCAUGAUUGGAGAGCUCGUAGGUGGAUACAUUGCAAAUAGCCUAGCAGUCAUGACAGAUGCACUUCAUAUGUUAACUGACUUAAGUGCUAUCAUACUGACCCUGCUUGCUUUGUGGCUGUCUUCAAAAUCACCAACCAAAAGAUUCACCUUUGGAUUUCAUCGCUUAGAGGUUUUGUCAGCUAUGAUUAGUGUGCUGUUGGUGUAUAUACUUAUGGCAUUUCUCCUAUACGAAGCUGUCCAAAGAACUAUCCAUAUGAACUAUGAAAUAAAUGGAGAUAUAAUGCUCAUUACCGCAGCUGUUGGAGUUGCAGUCAAUGUAAUAAUGGGGUUUCUGUUGAACCAAUCUGGUCACCAUCACGCCCAUUCCCACUCCCUGCCUUCAAAUUCUCCUACCACAGGUCCUGGGUAUGGGCACAACCAUGGGCAGGAUAGCUUGGCAGUGAGAGCUGCGUUUGUACACGCUUUGGGGGAUUUGGUACAAAGUGUCGGUGUGCUAAUAGCUGCCUACAUCAUACGAUUCAAGCCAGAAUACAAGAUUGCUGAUCCCAUCUGUACAUAUGUCUUUUCAUUACUUGUGGCUUUUACAACAUUUCGCAUUAUAUGGGACACAGUAGUUAUAAUACUAGAAGGUGUACCAAGGCAUUUGCACGUUGACUAUAUCAAAGAAGCCUUGAUGAAAAUAGAAGAUGUCCAUUCAGUGGAAGAUUUAAAUGUCUGGUCUCUUACUUCAGGAAAGCCCAUGGCCAUUGCACACAUACAGCUAAUUCCUGGAAGUUCAUCUCAAUGGGAGGAGGUACAAUCCAAAGCCAGGCAUUUGUUGUUGAACACAUUUGGCAUGUAUAAAUGUACUAUUCAGCUUCAGAGUUACCGGCAAGACGUGGACAGAACUUGUGCAAACUGCCAGAAUGCCAGCUCCUAACUGAAGAUGUCUGGGGGACUACUGCCUUAUUUACCCUGCAGUCACAGACUUGAGAGCAAUAAAUGCACUUGAAUGGGAGAAUGGAAUUCCUGAGAGCCGUGCCCGGGCACUGGCCUCGCAGUCAGCCUGAGAGUGCUAGUUUCUGUCGAAUGGUAAAGUGAGACUUCACCAUGAUUUUCAGAUGAAGAUGUUUCCAAAACACUGUUUACAGAAUGAGACGUGACUCUACAGAUACCUCAGAGAAGACAAUCGAAGACCGUACUUCACAAUCACAGCAGAGCAUGUGUCAUAAAGGAAGCAUCAAGAGUUCUGUAUUUGCAUUUAAAAAUCCUUUUUAAAGCCCAUUUCUAUCAAGCCAGUGCUGGAAAACUGAUUUUUUUAAUCUAAUCUUGAUACCCAGCUUCUGGAAUUUGACACCCAGCUCUCUGUUUUUACAGAAAUUAUUUCUCAGCAGAUUUCAGAAAGUACUAGUAAUUAUCCAGAGUGGAAUAAGCAUGUAUUCCUAAAUGUUUCAGAAAUGUUUUAUUUCACAAGUAAGUCUUAUUGGUAUUAUUAUACUUUAUAAACAAAAUUUUCCAGAUAUUAGAGGGUUUUGAAUCUCAAUUUUUGGUUAUUUGUAAUCUUAUCAGAACCAAAUCUUUACGUAUUGUGGUCACUGUCAUUAAAUUGCUUAGGAAAUAUUUUCAGUUUAUUCUGAAUGGCAGAAGUUAAUCUUAAACUGGAAUUACUAUAUGAUAAUUUGAACAAAUAUAGAAGCAAGGAUGGGGUGUGGAGUUUCAGAUUUAAGUCUUUCUGAAAUCACUUUUAUUGUCCAUGGAAUUUAUCUUUGCUUACGAACAGCAAGCGACGCAAAAUGCAAACAAUGAUGCUCUGUCCUUUUAGAAAUUGCCUUAUGUUUUGUACAGAAAGUUUGCUUGGUACCUUGCUUCCUGCCUCCAUACCAGGUCAUCUGCUUGUGCCUUUCAGGGUAGAGCUCUAGAGGGCCAAGGUUCAGUUUUAAUACCCAUCGCUCCCUACAUUUCUCCAGAGAGAAUUUCUGUAUGAUGAUAUGGAUUAGGAAUCCUCCACAGGCUCCAGAAACCCUAAGAUAUAAUUUUGAGGUUUUCCAAUAAUACCAUAGCAGAAAUGCUAAAAGGGAUUGGGGGAAGACAUGAUUUUCAGAAGACAAAAAUUUUAAGGGUUUUGGAGUGUGUGUGUGUGUGUGUGUGUGUGUGUGUGUUAAAGCACUGGAAUAGGAUGGACAUUAAAUCUGUGUGGUAGGGAAGUUAAACAUAAAAGUUUCCAAACAGAAGGCAACCUAACUGGUAACAGUUGUAUUAAAGAGGCAACUGUGAAUAUUCCUGUCAACUGUUGGUUUUGAGAUUAUAUUUAGUGCACAUUAGGGAGUCCAUUUUCAGCAGAGAAUCGGGAUAAAGUAUCAUGUACCAGACAGGCUGUGAGAUGAAAUCCUAGAUAGGCAGGCCAAUGACUUAAAAUGUAAGUGAAGAAUAUGAAACAGAUUUCAUCUUUCUGCCAAGGACCUCACUAUAAGUAAACCUAAGGUAAAACCUGGAUUCACCUAAAAGAUUGUUAAGAGUCAAUGGUGUCCAACAAAAGUUUCAGUGAGUGUUAAUGGUACCUAAUAAAGCCCAGCAUUUGUUGAAUCGAAUUGAAAAUUUUAUGGGAUUCUUACUGUGAAUCCAUUUAAAAUAAUGAUUUUAAUUUUUCAAAAAUUUUAGGAACAUAAAAUAAAAAAAAAUACUCUUUUAUUAUAUAAUGUCCUGUAUUUCAAAAAAUACUCUUAAAUGUAGAAGGCAAAUGAGAAUAAACGAGAGGCAUGUCAGUGCACAUCUGGGCAUUUAUGACUUUGGGCACCUAGCAGAGAAAGGAAGAGAAUGUGCCUGUGCUAAUAGGUUUCUCCACAUUUGCAGCUGUUCCCAUAUCUACUGAGCUCGUUUCUUGUAAACUUUCUUUUAUCUUAAAUAGAUUUAUCUAACUUUUCACAUCGACCUGUUCCUUGAAAAGUUAUUGAGUAAAACAGUCUGAAAUCCACUUGAGGAUUGAAAAGGAUCCUUUUGUAUAAUGGAGAAACACUGACAGCUUUUGUAAAUCUUAAUUAUUAUGUUCUGUUUAAAAUUAGGUACACAUGAAGUUUUCUGUGCUUUGUUGUUUUGUGUGUUUUUUUGCAGCAACUACAGAUUUUAUGCUUGUAUUUUACUGGAUCUGUGAGAUUUGAUAAUUGAUAGAUUUAACUCUCUGUAACUUGACAAAACCCAUAGAGAAGGAAUGUGAACUUAGCAGAUGGGAGCAGGGGCUGCACAGCGUCUGACAGAGACACAGAGAAAGAGCCAUCCAUUGUCCUAUGAAAAGCACAGCUGAGCCUGGAUUAACACCUACCAUUGUUCACUUUGCACUGGGAAAACAUCAUAACAAAAACUGGGCAGUUCUUCAGUGCGAUGUGUUUUCAUUAACAUUUGCAAAUAAUCAAAGUUGUGUACAUAAACCUGUGUUUCACAAGUUUGGCCAGACUUGCCUUUUGAUUUAUCUUAGGAAAAGGCCUAUUGUUUCGUUGAUGACUGUACUGCCUUAGAAAUACACCGUGGGGAAUGCAGUUGAAUAAGCAUAUUUCAGAGAGCUUAUUGAAAUAUGCUUUCAAUAAGCAUAUUUGCAGAACCGAAAUGACGUCAUUCCCACAUGCAUUUUCCAUUAGCUCUGCCUGUGGAGCAUGAGCCCAGAUUUUCACACCUGUGGCUCCCGUCAGUAUUAUUUGCCAGUUCACUGGAUUUCUUAUCUUUCUGUUUCUUUUUCAACUCUGGAUGCCAUAUUUCCAUUUCUGAACCGAAGUUUCCUGCUCUUAGGAGUCUCAGUGUUCUAGUUCUGUCUCUUGAACCCAGAGGUCCUCACUGACAGUGUUUAUCUUUGGUAGAAUUUUCCCAGAAUAAACAGACAUCAGCUUCCCUUUCUUUUUAAUGUGAGGGAAAAAAAUCUUUCAGAAACAAAGCACCAUUUUAAAGAUGCUUCAGGGUGGGAAAAACCAUUCUUCCAACAGCUGAUUGUUCUGAUUCAGAAUCUCUGCACACAGAAUGCGGGCGGGAGAAACAGAGCCACUGCAGACAUGAGUGAAGGUCAUCGCUAAUGAGAUGCCGCCUGUGCUGCUUGAACUCCCACACCCACUCCUGUGGAAGGGAGACUCGCUCACCUCUGAAACAAGCACCGUCGGCUAAAUUUAUUUUCUUUUUAUGCAUUUAUGUUCAUUGUUUCGUCAUAAGGAAUAAGGUGUUCUUAGAGAAACUGAGCCCCUUUAGUACAAGGUUUUAGGCAAUUUUUCUGUUGACUGUACUUUUCAUACAGUAAGUUUAAAGUUACAGACUAUCUUCCUAAGUGUAAGAUCAGUUCAUUUGGUUCAGUUUGUCUUUGAACCACGCUUCGCUCAUGAGCCAUCUGGGUAAUAGUCACAAAUGAAGUGACAUUUUGCUACGCUGUGUUGAGGGGAGCAAGUCUGAUCUCCAAGUAACUGAUGAAGCUUAAUAUCUUUCUAACCAAAAUGCCUAACCGCAGAUCUGUUAUGUGAAUCGCCAGGCAGGGCUUGAGACUUGUUUCACAGAUUACCAGGCAGGGACAUCAUUUGUGGUGGUGGUGGGAGCACAGAAGUUGGAGGGGAUAACUUGUGGGAGCUCCUCAGCAUUGCAUUGUGUGUGUGCGUUCGGCCAGCCUGUCAUCGAGUUCUGGCUGCAAAGGGGUUAACCUGUUCUAGUUAUACUGUGAGGACCAACAAACAGUUUCUUAUAUUCAGUAAGAUUGGAAAACAUUUAUGGGGACUUUCUCUGAUAGUGUCAGUUUAAAUACUGCAAUUACUUGUUUUCUGAAAUAAUUACAACAGAAAACUGGGAUGUGCCAGUAUGUCUGCUUUGCACCUGGAAGUUACUGUACAUCUGGAAGGUUUGUGCUUCUCUAAAUAGAUGUUGCGGAGUAAGCCAUGUCACAGUGAAACAAGGAGUAGAUACUUUUCCACAUACCCCUUCAGAAACCAGUAUUUUGCAAAUGAUUGAUUUUAGGAAGAUUUGGAAGCUGGUGUUUGUCCAUGUAAUUUAAAAUCAAAGUAUAGUAUAUGUACUGUAUUUACAAUUUAUAUUGUAAUUUCCUAUGCCUUUAUUAAAUAAAGUAUUGUUUUGCCAUGUGGUUUAUUAAAAAUGAAAA